UAUGAGUUGUGAUAUGACACUUGACAAAUGUCAAUUGUUACCAAUCUGUAAACAGCAUAAAAAUGAAUAUUCCAUUUUGUAGUAUUAUUUAAGAACAUUAUUCUUAUUUUUUUAAUGUGAAUGGAGUAAGAAAUAAAACACAAUUUAAAAAUGAGUUUCAUAACAACGGAACCUAAAGCCUUUUCGGGGUCAGAGAAAAAUUCCAAUGAAAAGGAUACCAAUGAAGACUUGGAGGUUGACAACUCACAAAGCGUGUUGCUCAAGAUAGCGACACUCUACGCUGAGCAGCUGAUGAGUGACCUCACCUUGGAAGUGGCUGGGGUGGGGUAUCCAGCCCAUAGACUCAUACUAUGUGCCAGCAGUGAGGUGUUUCAGGUAAUGUUAAUGAACAGAGAGUGGAGUGAGUGGCGCGAGAGUCGGAUUGUACUCCAGGAGACGCCCACAGCAGCUUCAGUUUUUCCACAUUUUCUAAAGUAUUUUUAUACAGGCCAGAUAAGGAUAUCAUAUCACACUGUGCUUCCCGUGUUAUCACUUGCUGAUAAAUAUAAUGUUAAGGAUCUGGUAUCAUUAUGCCUGAGUUACAUGUCGCAACACAUCGCGCACGCGGCCAAGCGCGGGCAGCUCAUCGCCUGGAUGCAGUACACAAUGGCAUGCGGACACAAUGAGGUCGCCAAGGCGUGCCAGAACUUUGUGAAGUGGAACCUGGAGUGGGUGUGGUCGGACAGCACCGGCGCGGAGACGGAGCUGGGCGAGCUGGAGGGAGAGACUCUCGUGGCGCUGCUGCAGCAGAGCGACCUCGUGCUGCACAACGAGAUGAGUCUCUACCAGUUCGUGGUCCGGUGGCUGAACAAGCAGCGCGAGAAGUUGGACGCGAGCGAUCUCAGCGAGGCCGAGAAGAAAUCGCAUUGGGAGUCACUCGUCGCAGCUGUCUUCUCGCUAG